AUGUCCAACGAUCAGAACCCCGGACUCCUUGGCGGCCUAGGCGAUACCUUGGGCAAGACAGUCGGCGGCGUGACCAACACACUAGGCAGCACAGUCGGCGGUCUCGGCUCAACCGUGGGCAACGCAACAUCCGGCCUUGGAAAUACCGUCUCGGGCGCAGCAGAGGGUGUUGGGAAUACGACGAAGGGCGCUGGCCAGGGCGUGCAGAGUGGUGUUUCCAGUCUUGGCGGAAAGCAACAGACUGCGGAUAAUCCUCUCGGUUUGAAUCAAUAG